AUGGCUGGUCACGGUCACCACAGCUUUAACGGCCCUCCUAAGCCCCCUGUGGCUCACGUCCCCCGUAUUUACCGAUUCACCGCAACAGCUCUAGGCGCUGGCAUGUGGUUCUUCCUCAUGUACCGGGCAAAGAAGGACGGUGCCGUUCUCCUCGGCCUCAAGCACCCUUGGGACCACUAA